AUGGCGGGGGCGCUGUGCUGUCUGAUGUUGCUCCCAGGCCUGCUGGAGGCCAAAUCUUUGCUGAACGCUAUCAAGCAGGAAGAGAUGGUCCCCGUCAGUCAUGUUAGUCUUGACUCGGAGGUGGCAAACGGCUUCCUGAGUCACUCCAGACCGAAGCGCAAUGUAGACCCAAGGUGGUACAGAGGGAACCCAGACUUCCAGGCUUACUACCGCUACUACAGCAGCAUCGGACACACUGAGGGGCUCUAUGAGAUCGACAAGCUGCGGAUGCUCUACCAGCAGAUGAGGUACCUGGAGCACACUUACGGCCCCAACGCCUCCUAUUUCCAGAGCAAACUGGGAGUGCCAGUGAUCAUGUGUGACCCAGCUACAGACAAGAAGUGCAAAGCCGCUCCCCCACCUCCACCUCCACCUCCGAUGAAAGGGGUCCCCAAGCCCACAGAGCCUCCUCCUCCUCCUCCUCCUCCACCAGCCAUCUCCCAGGCUGACGUCCUCUACCUGUGCAACAAGAAGGACCCCCUCUGCAAGCCCCACAUCGUCUACCUGCCCGCCGGCGCCGUGCCUGUGCUCUGCGACCCCCGCUACCAUCCCCACUGCACCCCUCAGAAAGCCCCUCCAGAACCAGUCGUAGUGCCCCAACCUCCUCCCCCUCCACCAAAAAAGUCUGCCCCACCUCCACCUCCACCAGUUCUCGUCAAAAAGUCUCCCCCAGUCCCCAUCCGCACCUUCAAAGGCAUGGAGUACGACUGCGAUCCCUACUGGGACCCCGACUGCCUGAUUGACCACCCACCCAGGCCCAUUAAGGGGAAGGUUGUGGUGCCCCCACCGCCGCCGCCGCCUCCUCCUGUGGAGGAGGAAAAGAAAGAGGAGCCAGUGGAGGAGCCGGCGCCACCUGCUCCCAUUGAGAAGAAAGUGGCCCUCUUCCCUUACCCUUACUACUACCCAAAGCCCUACGACCCCAGGGAUGACCUGUACGACCCGAUCCGCUUCCAGUACCCACAGCCUGCAGCCUCUGCUGAUGAGCCUGCAGAGGACAGUCAGUAA